AUGGCCGACAUCCCCCCGUACCCGCUCUACAACCGCACCUACCUCCUCUACCGCCUCUCCCCGCUGCACACCGGCGAUGCGCCCCUCCUCCACGAGCGCAGCCUCCGCACGCAUGCGAAGCGGCUGCGGGAACAGCUCAAGGGCGACAGUGUGCGCGGCGUCGAGGUGGACUUUGCCGCCGCCGAAGACGCGCUGCCACGCCUGGGCCCGCUCGAGGAGUGCGCCUGGGACAUGAUUGGCGACGAGGAUGCCUGGAUCGACCGUCACCGCCAGCUUGUCGACCCCGACGCGUCGCAGCUGUCUUCGGUGCUGGCCCCAGAGCAGGCGCGGGGCAUCCAAGUGAGCCUUGAGUACGAGACCCAGUCGUACAAUGCGCUUCUGCUCCGCGAUCCACGCGUCGCGUCCUCGCCAGACGGAUUCACGGCGCUGCCCUUGCUCCUAGUCAAGAUGCCCGCGCCGGUCCGCGACAUAUUCCUCAACUAUCUCAGGACCUCCUUCGACGCCCACGUCGCGCCAUUGAGGCUGCCGUCCGCCUUCAUCGCCGCAAGCCUCGAGACCUUCUUCCGCCAUCUCUCCGCAAGCACCUCGACGCAGUCGAUACAGGACGUCAUAAGGCAGCUGCACGUCCAGCUGUCCUUUCCGAAUGCCACCGCCCUGCUGAGGCAUGUGGACAUAACGAUAGCGGGUCGCGACGUCCGAGGCUUCGUCACUCGUGGGGACGCUGGGCGGGGUGUGCAGGAGAAGCCCUUUACCGCUGCGCUCUCCAGCUACCUGCGAAGACACCUCGCAUUGGAUAUGUCGCAUCCCAAGGUGCACAUAUCUCGGAUAUCUUGCGGCAGCUUCGUCCUAGGCACCGACCGCCUGAAGCUAGUCGCGCCCGACACACUUUCCGACGCCUCGUUCUCUGAAGAGAGCAACACCCCCGAAGCCAGUGCCGGUCAGCUUGCCAUCCAAGAUUUCUUCACCGCCCUCGUGCGAGAAGCCACUGGCACCGGCAAAUUCUUACCGGAGGACUCGGCGAGCGGCAUCAGGUCAUCUACGCCUUCGUCAACCGCGAGCAACAGGGCAGGAAGACGAAAACGAGCCGUCAGCAAUACCGCCGCUGGCAACGGACACGCCAAGCGGUCAAAAGCCAGAGGCAAAGAGAAUGGAAGUCGGGCGGCGGAUGAAGAAAUGGCGGACGCUUAG